AUGCCUUUAGAGUCCAACGCUAUUACAGGUAUUUUCUUUUUGGUGGCAAUGUUCUAUGGAAAUCCAGAGAUGACCUAUAUAAUGAUUGUUGCCGUCGUUAUUUCUAAUGCAGAACUGGCAGUUAUCAAUGCAGGAUUGUUCUCAUUCAAUGCGGUACUCAGUGGAAUUGCAAGUGCCGGCAACGAUGUAGCCGAUGGACUUUACAUGCUGGUGACAGUGGGUGUUGCAACCAUCUUUUAUAUAUUCCUUGCCUCGAAGAACUUCACAACCUUGACAUUUCCAUUUGUUACGUCGAUGUGGGCACUGGCAAUUUGGAAAAGAUUGAUACUGGGUCAGCUAGUUCCCAAAAUUCCAAAGAAAAUCGAACAAUAUCUUGAUAAUAACAAUCAGAAAAAGAUGAUGAUGCACCAUAAAUUUAAUAACCAUGCGAAUAAUGGCGAUCCUCUAAACAACAAAUUAAAUAGUAGCAAUAACAAUAAUAACAAUUGUGGUAACAAUGAUCUUUGUGGUGUUGGUGGUGAUCAUAAAUCAAUUAAUAAUGAAAUUGAAAUUUAUGUUGAAUUGCAGCCAAUCGAGACAAACACCCCACCACCUUUGGCUGUCCACCACCACCACCACCAUAACCAACAACAAGAUAAGGUCAAUAAUAACCAAACAAUAACUGCAAAACAACAACAAGAAAAAGAAAAAGAAUCAAAAGUUAUCUAUAACACUUUAAAGAUUUUUUUCAAAAAUGCAAAUAUUGUUGGGUUUUAA